UCUGCGCAUGCUCCGCAGCCUCUCAGCCCGUGUCACACGCUCAGUCCCCGGCUGCAGGAAUGAGUCCCCGGCGGCUGCGCUGAAUGGACGCGGCUUCUCCCCUGAACCCCGCCAGGGGCCCGGCUCCCCACCUGCACCCAGCUAGGGGCCUGGCCCGCGCCCUACUCCGGGACAUGUGGCUCCUGUACCUGCUCGUGGGCUCCGUGGCGGAGAGCCAGCUCCUACCUGGAAACAACUUCACCACAGAAUGUAAUAUCCCCGGCAGCUUCCGCUGUAGUGACGGGCGAUGUAUCCCCGGCGCCUGGCAAUGUGAUGGGUUACUCGACUGCUUUGACGAGAGCGACGAGAAAGAAUGCCAGAAAGGCGGACAUUACCGGAGAAUGGGAUCCUUGUUUACAGCUAAAGCCAAGUCCAAGUGCGGCCCCACGUUCUUCCCCUGCGCCAGCGGCAUCCACUGCAUCAUCGGGCGCUUCCAGUGCAACGGCUUCGAAAACUGUCCGGACGGCAGCGACGAAGACAACUGCACUGCUCACCCUUUGCUCUGUUCCACAUCGCGAUUCCACUGCAAGAACAACAUGUGCAUCCAUAAGAGCUUCGUGUGCAACGGGGAAAACAACUGCAAGGAUAAUAGCGACGAAGAGAACUGCCCCAACCCGCAAGAAGCAGGUAGCGAACAGAAGUACGUGUCAUCGGAGAACCAGCUACUCUAUUACCCCAGCAUUACCUAUACCAUCAUCGGCAGCUCGGUCAUCUUCGUGCUGGUGGUAGGACUGCUGGCUCUAGUCCUUCACCAUCAGAGAAAGCGCACCAAUCUGAUGAGCCUCCCUGUGCACCGGCUCCAGCAUCCUCUGCUCCUCUCCAGGCUGGUGGUGUUGGACCAUCCUCAUCAAUGUCGCGUUACCUACAACGUCAACAAUGAGAUCCCGUACAUGCCUAACGAGGGCUUCCAGCAGCCAGUGAACAUUGAAUCUCCUCCUUCGUAUAGUGAAGCAGUGCAGGAAAACAGUUCCCGUCCACCAUGGUUUUCACUGCCACCGCCUCCUUACCCCUCGGACACGGAAACUCCAAGCCAAACCGAGCUACCGCCCUAUCGCUCCCGGUCCGUCAGCGUCUCAAGCAUGGACAACUCUCUGGUAACACCAUCCAGCACAGGAGGCUCCAUCAGCCCCGCACAACACUUACAAACUGCCCCGCUGCAAGGUGAUUCCCAACCUGCCACGGAACUGGAGCCCUUGGCUACUCACACUCACAACGAAACAGAUGGUCCAUCGAGCCAUUGCCUGAAUGUAGACUGAGCACGAUACGGAUCAGGGUUUGGUCCCGUGGGUUUGAUACUUGCAGAAAAGUACUUAUAUUUUUUAUAGAUUCCAGAGGUAUAUUUUUGUAGGAAUGUUCUUGACUCUUGUUUUCGUUUCCAUUGGUUUCCCACACUUUGUCUCUUUUUACUCACUCGCAAGAUAACUUAUGUUUCCAGAACAUAUUUAUAUUUGCUCUGAUAAGAUUGAGACUCGUGGAGGAGAGAAAGUCUAAACGAUCAACCGUUGGUCUCCAACCGGGGUCACUGUUUGAUAAACGAAGCACUGAGAAAUGAUUCAUAACAGUUGAGGUUUUCUCUGCGAAUAUUUACAUCACCUGACGAUGGGAACCUCCCAAAUCAAAAUGAUAAAGUCAGACAUAAGCUAGCUGAAGAGAAGCGCGCCCCGGAUCAUGUUAGGGGACAAUAAUCUUUAGAAAACUAUGUAGCUCCCAAGUUUUUUUGUAUUGGGUGGGAUUGCAGUCUUCUGAUAUAUACAGUUUUUAUAUAGCCAGUAAAACCUGCUUUGGGCAGUUCCUUUCCAGUCGUAGAA